UUCACACAUAAUAACAACAAUUCCUACACAAACAAACUCUCCCAUUAAUUUUAGUUUUUUUUAUUAGCAAAAAACAAAUCAACAUUAUGGGAGCCAACUUUUCUAAUUUAGAGUCUGUUGUUGAGAAAUCAACGCAGCCAUCACAAAUCCUCACCUUCCAUUCCACAGCUAAAUGGAAGGCUCACUUUGAGGCCUCUAAAGAAACAAACAAACUGAUGGUGAUUGACUUCACAGCUACUUGGUGUCGACCUUGCAAAUACAUGGACCCAAUUGUGAAAGAAUUAGCUGCAAAAUACAAAGAUGUAGAGUUCAUUAAGAUUGAUGUGGAUGAGUUAAUGGAGGUGGCUCGUGCAUUCCAAGUGCAAACAAUGCCAACAUUUAUACUAAUUAAGAAAGGAAAUGUCGUUGAAAGAGUGGUGGGAGCAAAAAAGGAGGAGUUGCAAAAGCUGGUUGAGAAACAUAAGAAUUGAGUGUGUGUUGAUCCUCUUGCAUUGUAAUAAAGUCACGAUGACUUCAUGACAUACUACUUAGUAGUAUAUUGAUAAAAAAAUACUAAUUAUUUGUCUUAAAAUAUUAGUAAAAUUAAGUGAAAUAAAAUGAAUGUAUUUUAUCUAAGUUAAAUAUAUUAAUGUUUGAUAAUAUUUUAUUUAUAUUUUAAAACUAAGGUAUCACUUAAGUAAUUAAGUACCGUAGAGAAAAUAAGACACUAAUUAAAUUGGUGUUGUUGUUAGUCAUGAGUAUGAUUUGUGUUAUAUGUAAAUCUAGUGUUCAAUUAAAUAUCAAUCCAUGUGUACUGCA